AUGUGGUUCAUUCUUUGCGCGUCCACUACUGAACUCACAAUCAACAGGAAUCGGCAGCAAGAACGUGUCAAAUCCCGCACUCGCUGGCGUCGCCGGGGUGGAGCUUCAGAUGAGACACUCGAACUACUCAAUCAGCUUGACGAUAUCUGGUUCAAUUCUGGUUAUGAACCAGGUUCCGAUCUGUAUCAACGAUUGGAGUCUGAAGGAUUGAAUGCUGUCUGUGCUGCUGACCGUCAGGGAUGGAAUUCACUGAAGCCAGAAUAUGAGGAUGACGUUCGCGAGGUAUGCAAACUCUUGGAGAAAGCACAUGGCUUAUCCACGUCAGCUGGGAGCUUAGAGGGUCCUUAUACCGAGCAACUACGAGUGGGGGCAUGUGAGCAAAUGAUCCAGAAGAUGGACUUAUGUGUAGACUCAUAUUUUGAAGCUCUUCGCAAAGGGACACUUGAUUGGCAAUUAGCGCUUAGCAUUGGCAAUGUUGAACAUCACGUGAUCACUGUGCGACGCCGCGAGCACGACAAGCUUACGCGUGACUGGCUCUUCUGGACUCUAACGAAGACAAAGUCUACAAUCAAACACUUGGCUGAAACAUCACUUGAAGUGAAAGUUUCACAGCGGAAUCGACAUUUAGGAGAUAACCCAUUGUUGACUUGGAGGAUGAUCGGGAUCAUUUUCUUUUUAGAACUCCUCCGUCUGGAGGGGUCGCGGGUGAUUUCUUACUUCAGGAAGCAUGUCGAGGUUCUGCAGGCGUGCACGGUAGAAAGGCAUAUAGAAAAUCCAACCCACAGAAUUGAGUACUGGAACAGCCAACAUUUCGAAGACACUAACCUGCGGGAUCUUGGGCUGCAAGUUCAACUUGGACACCCUCCUGCUCAAUCUCGUACGACGCACCUCCUUCGCAUGCGUUUGGUUCCCAGCAACUACACUGGAUCCGAAGACUACCGCAAACAUUUCGACUACUCCACCACUUCCACAUUCUUUCGUUCGAAUCAAAGGCCUCCACUUUCGAGUAAUUGGCAAACGCUCGCACGCUUGACCAACAACACAGGCGUUAACCCACCAAAGGAUCGCUAUAAUGCGCUCUUACGGAUGGUAAAGGAAUGGCGACACCUCACCCUACUCAAACGUUCAGGACGGGGCCAUGACCCUGGUGGGGUUGAGGCUACACAACAUGGUGCAUGCGCAGUGCUAUGUCCUGCUUGCCCCCACCGGGCAAAAAUCUUCCCAAUGGCUGGGAAGAUACACCGUUUGAGGAAGGCUGGGCAUACUUCGUCGAGAGAAGGCAUUCAAGAGUUUCUUCAUGACACUGGCAAGCAGCCGCAAGAGCGUCCUUGCGGCGUUGGCGAUCUCCAGAAGGGCGAGAGGUAUAUUAAUAUGGACUAUUUAUUUUUCUCUACCCUGCAAUACUCGAAGGAUGUAGUCACGCUCAACGUGUCCUACGAUAUCGCGUGUCAAUGGAGCAAGAAUAUAUGGGAUCGUAUGGCUACAUACCCACAUCAAAUGCAUGUUGAACGCAGUACCAAGGAAUUCGUGUUCCUCGUUCCUAAGUUCCAUCUUCCCGCGCACAUCGCAUUCUGCCAAGUCACGUACUCACACAACCUUAUCAAAGGGAUGGGACGCACUGAUGGGGAGGCACCGGAACGCGGGUGGGCGAACAUCAACCCUGUAGCAACAAGCACUCGCGAGAUGGGCCCUGGCUCACGCCGCGACACCCUCGAUGAUCACUUCGGAGAUUUUAACUGGAAGAAAGUGACCAAUUUUCAACGACCAGAGGAAGUCGCUCGGUGGAAGCUGGCUAUUGAAGGCUGGGAAGCCGAUAGAUCACAGACGAAUCCCUUCGAGGUUACAACUACAACUAUGUCUCUCGCAGCGGUACGACUGCGUCUCUCGCAGAAGGAAGCAGAAGACCUGGAACACGGCCUCAACUACUCACUGCAUAUGGAGGUAUCGCCAAGCGUUCUCGUGUCAUCGGGUAUUGAAAUAGAGGACCAGCAACGCCGGCUGGAAAGAGAGUAUGCUGCCUUGGGACCUCACUCAACGGACCUUCAGCUUACAAAAUUGCAAGAACGGAGCAAUGCGCUACAACGCAAAAUCGAGCAAUGGUGCAAGGUCCAGGUAUUAUACAUUCCUACGGUCGUCCGUGUUCGCGCAUCCGAUACAGCUAGUACCAUAAGCUCACGGGAAGAAAAACCCUACGAGGUCAAACUGUGGUUGCCGUCCCAGCUCAAAAGGGCUUCAAACGAGUUUUGUGAGGAACGUCUGUGCAGAUAUGAAUGGGAGCUGCGACAGGCACAAGCAUAUGAUGCUCUCGAUGACCUCCGUCGACACCUCCGACUGCGCAGCCACCUAUACAAGUUCAAAGCCAAUCAAUUGCGUGGCCAACGGGCCAAUACACGUGCAGCGGGAGUUCUCGCUAAGGUGGAGCUUAGCAUCAAGACAGAUGCAGAGCGGUACCGUCGGGCCUGGACUGCGCUAGUUAUCCUUGGCGACAUUUUGCACGAACAAAGCUGGAGAGAUGAACUACUCAAGCUAGAACCUGAGCAUGUUCGGGGAAUGUCUGAUGGCUAUGUAGGCCAAUCCGAAGGUAAUCGAACUCUAUCAUGGAUUUGGAAGGCACGCGGCGUCACUACUGGAGACAGGGAAGGAGAGACCGUUCUUGCUGAUGAGGUAGAACUUCUCCAGGAGGAGAUGCGGCGCGUGUGCACGUUCUUCGACUGGCAUGCAGCGUGGUGGAGGGAUCAGGCAAGCCGGAGGAUCGGGUUGGAAGGUGCAGAGUUAGAAGGCCUUGAAGCAUAUGCGAAGCGCCAGGCGGCCCUUCGGAUCACGAUGCGGGACAACUGCCUAAGAAAAUGGCGUGCAGUUCCUGCGGCGAGCUUACCCCCGGCAGUAGCGGUGCCCUGA